UCUGCGUCAUCUGACCACUUCUUUAUUGACCAAGUCACUGGUGCUUCCUGCUUUAGUUUUUUCCUGUACGCAGGAAUCAGGACGACAGAAUUAUGGUCAUAUUUGUCAAAUGGAGGGCGAGGGAGAGCUUUGUACGCUUCUCUGUGUGUGGAGUAAAGGUGGUCUAGAGUUACUGUGUUAUACCAUGUCGAUUCGAGAAAUUACUAUUAUAACAGAAAUUACACAAUUUCAGCAGGAAGCAGGAAUGUCAAAGAUGCUGUUUUGUCUAUGAGAUCCUGUCUCCUAUGCUUCUUACCUCAUCUUUACUGUUGAAGGCAGCGAGUAGUGUGUUGGCCAGGUACGCUGACAAUUGAUACACAGCCGAAACCUACCCACUCCUUGGCAUAGAAUCUAAAACUUCAAGUUUCCAUUCUGCCAAUAACUUUACAACCAAUUUUAUAACGUGAGUACACAACAGUCCCCUCAACAACUGAAUGGAUUUGCAGAAUAUAAGAUGAUUCAACUUGACCACUUGGUGGCGUAGUGUACUAGAUAAAGAGGAAAAGUAAAGGGGUAAGAUGAGGGAGGGAGCAGAUGCUCUUUAGGCAAAUGUCCAGCCAAAAUAGAACAGAGAAAACAGUAGCAUUCUACUAUUCUAUCGAAUUACAAUGUUAUGGAAGAGAUUUUAUUAUUCAUCAUGGCUUUGAGAAAUUCUCAAGGAAGUUGCAUUGCUUCAUAUGCACAAAGUAGGGAAGUUCUUCAGCCAGUAUAUCCCCAAAACAUUUGUCACACUUGUGACUGUCUACAAACAGUUGAAUACCCUCAUUGCUCAUUUACAUACUGUAUAACCGAAUAAAACACAUUUCUAGUUAUGAAUGUAUUUAUUUAAUGAUUAUAUUGAUAUUUUGUCAAUUUACUAGCCGGUUACCACCCAGUACUCUACCCUGCACCUUAUUGACUGCUGCCCUACAGUAUGUACAUAGUCAAUGAAUACUGGUCACUUUAAUAAUGUUUACCAACUGUUUUACUCACUUCAUAUGUAUAUCAUGUAUUCUAGUCAAGGCUCAUCCUAUAUAACUACUGCUGUACACAUAUUUUCUAUUCAUAUACUGUCCAUACAAUAGCCUUUUAUUUUGGGGAUUUGUCUGUAUUGUUUUGUACUGUUAGGUAUUACUGCACUGUUGGAGCUAGAAACACAAGCAUUUAGCUGCAUCUGCGAUUACAUCUGAAAAUCUGUGUACGCAAUAAACUUUCAUUUGAUUUCCAAUACAGGCACUCAGAACAGUCUUACUCAGAGUCAGAUAACUGGGAUAAGUUAAAAGGCCCCAGAAUGUUCAGGAAGUCUUUAUAAGGAACAUCUGGGGGUGGAUACUUUUCAUACCAAACACAUAAAAGGGGAGAGACAGCUUUGGCAGGAAGCUGUUAGAACAACGCUUUUCCAGCUCACGCACACACAAGCCUGGACACAAUGCUUCUACAGAGCCUAUGGGAUCUCAUAUUGGGGUAUCAUGCGUGGCUCAUGUCGCCUUUCUUCCCUGUGCUUUUCUCACUCAGUGUCUACCUCGCCUUCUGCCUGCCCUUCGUGGUGCUGGACCUCCUCUCCCCCAGGCUGGCCUGGAUCAGGACCUUUAAGAUUCAGCAGAAGAGCCAUGUCUCUUGGACUAUGAUGUGGAGCUGCCUGGCUCUCUCCCUCUACAACCAUGUGGUGUUCCUCUUCCCUCUCACUGUGCUGCACUGGUACUGGAGACCAGCCAGCUUCAUAGCCGAAGCCCCCGGGACGCUGCGUCUCAUCUGGGACGUCGUCGCCUGCCUCCUGCUCUUCGACUUUCAGUCUUUCAUCUGGCAUAUGCUGCACCACAAGGUGCCAUGGCUGUACCGGACAUUCCACAAGGUGCACCACAAGCACACAACAACCUUCGCCCUGACCACUGAGUACUCUGGGGCCUGGGAGACCCUGUCUCUGGGCUUCUUCGCGUCGGUUAACCCUCUGCUGCUGGGCUGCCACCCCCUGACAGAGAUGGUCUUCUAUGUACUGAAUAUCUGGCUUUCUGUGGAGGACCACUGUGGCUAUGACCUGCCCUGGUCCACGCAUAGACUGGUACCCUUUGGGCUCUACGGUGGAGCUCCGCACCAUGACAUGCACCACCUGAAGUUCAAAUCCAACUACGCUCCGUACUUCACACACUGGGACAGGCUUUUUGGGACCUUGCAUAAGAGCUCUGAAUGAAUUUAUGCACAGAAGAAGGUGCAAAUGGACAUGUUGAAUAUCUUUUAUGUUAAAAGAAUGGGAUACCGAGUGCAGGCACUCUGUGAUGUAUUGUAUCAUAUGCUGAUGUUAUUUAUCAUAGUUAAGAUAGAGCUGUUUUAAUCAAAGUAUUUAUUUAACUGAAUGUGUUAUUUAUUAUAGCUGAUUUUCUAUGACUCUUGUAUAUGAAGGUUAUCUCUAAAGAUUCAUGCUAUGGACUCUACAAUUUACAAACAUAUAUUGUUGUAUGUGGAUCAAUUAUAGGUCACAUUUCAAAACUGAAAACAUUAACCAGUUUAGACCUUUGAUGCCAGUUAACUGAACUAUCGGAAUGAAUUUGACUGGGAUUGAAUCAAAUCAAUCAAAUUUAUUUUUAUAUAGCCCUUCGUACAUCAGCUGAUAUCUCAAAGUGCUGUACAGAAACACAGCCUAAAACCCCAAACAGCAAGCAAAGCAUGUGAAAGAAGCACGGUGGCUAGGAAAAACUCCCUAGGAAAAACUCCCUAGAAAGGCCAAAAACCUAGGAAGAAACCUAGAGAGGAACCAGGCUAUGAGGGGUGGCCAGUCCUCUUCUGGCUGUGCAGGGUGGAUAUUAUAUUGAAUGACUGAAGACUAUUGAAAUGUUUGUGUUAACUUCUCAGUGCUACUGGGUGAGCAUCACUGAACAAAAUGUUCAGCUGUUUCAAGCUGUAUGCAUUAUUAAAAAGGGAUGAACCCCUCAUGUUUGUUACAAAACAAGAAGCAAUAAAACUAAUAUCAGAAAUCGUC